AUGGAGCGAUGUGCUGACGUCACCGGCUCUCCUCCCCCGCUCAGGAGAAGGAAGAAGCUGGCGGCAGAAUGCGAGCGAAGCCCCGUGCGAGGCUCAGACACUGGAGCAUCAGGUUUCCCUGUCUGCCUCCCAGCCCGGGCCAUGGGCAGAGCGCUGCUGGAGAAUGGAGGCUUCCCAGGCUGAGGAGGGCACAGGGAGGGGGAGAAGACUGUAAGUGAACCAGGGAUCCCUAGCCUCUCUCCCCCCCAGCCAGAGCAGGUGGAUACCGCCUGAAUGCCUUCGGUAACCUGAUCGGGGCACUCGGGACAGGACACAGAGAUCCCCAGUGUGUGAGUACUGCACAGAGACUGCUGCAUGUGACUAGAUAGAGGGGCUGAUUGGGAGAGCCACGAAUCACUAGCUGGCUCACUUCACUUUCUGAGGACGUUUAGACUUUUAUAUAUUCUGCUAAAGGUAGAAUGGAGAGGGUUUGUUUUAUAUACCUACUGAUAAACUGUAUUGACUUCUUAGGGAAUUAUAUAUGAAAUAAUUAAACCGUGUACUGUGAUGUUCUGUUAAAUAGAUUUCUGCUUCUUGCAAUACUUUGUUGUAUGUGUAUAAAGUAUUAUGUGAUAGUGGGGUUUUUUUUUUUGUGUGUGUGGCAUCGUCAUGCCCCACUCCCCCCAUUGCUUGAGUUCAAGACACACAGUUUGCUACUUGGGCAUUGCGAUAUGUUUUUUUUCCUUGAAUGUAGUAGAGCAAAAGCAUUGCAACUGUGAGUUAAAAAAAUAAAAUCCCAGUAUAUAUAUAUAUAUAUAUAUAUAUAUAUAUAUAUAUAUAUUUUUUUUUUUUUAAAAAGAAUCAAUAUCUGGUAUCCAAUAGAAUAAUGAUAUCUUAUCGCGUUACAGAAAAUGGACUGUGUACUUCAUCUCUAUCUCUUUGACAGCUGGGAGGAGUUAGCAAUGGGAUUUAUAAAAGUUUGUCGUCUGUACUAUUAUAAAACAAACCUGCAAGGAUAUGCAGUUAACACCCAAAGCAAUUGAUUUAAGUGUUUGGUGUCUCUGUUCAACCUUUGUCCGAUUGACAGAGAUCCAUAGCACACGUGUACAUACAGUGAACAAUAAUAAUUGUGUGAUUUGUGCAGAAGCUUUUGGGAUUGAUUAAAGGAUCACUAUAGGGUCAGGAACAGAAACAUGUAUUCCUGACCCUAUAGUGUUAAAACCACCACCUGGGCCCCGCAUGCCUCCAUAAAUAUAGCAAAAUCUUACUGUAUUUAAGCCUGAAGCUGUAGAACUGCAUGCUGUUAGACUAAAAAAAAAAAAAACAAGCAGUCUGCUGACAUCAUCAGAAGUGGUGGCCUGAUCCAAUCACUAUGCUUCCCCAUAGGAUUGGCUGAGACUGACAAAGAGGCAGAUCAGGGGCAGAGCCAGCAUGAUUCAAACACAGCCCUGGCCAAUCAGCAUGUUUGGAUGCAUUUUAGGCAGCCAUGACCCAGGAAGGAUCUCUAACAGCCAUCUGAGGAGGGGCCAGUGAAGUUAUCACUAGGCUGUAAUGUAAACACUGCAUUUUCUCUGAAAAGACAGUGUUUACAGCAAAAAGCCUGCAGGUAAUGAUUCUACUCACCAGAACAAAUUCAAUAAGCUGUAGUUGUUCUGGUGACUAUAGUGUCCCUUUAAAUACAAUUGCAACCACUGUGAUGCCAGAAUGAUUUUUUUCCCAGUAAGUAUAAUUUUAAAAUUUUCAUUUUGCUGGCAAGUAAUGUUCCCUUUAAAAGGUCACUCCAACCUCCAUAACCAUGUCUGCUUUUAGAAGUGAUUGUGGUUUUAGGAGUCUCUAUGUGCAGUGAGACAUCGCACACUUAUAGAUAUUCACAUUUAUUUUUAUUUUUUUGCCAGGGCCUAGUUACACACUUAGCAGUGCUUAUGACUUUGUCAUCAGUGUUUGAUCUCCCCUACUUCUAUGUGCCCAAUUCCAUACUCCUUCGUGUUACAUUAUUUAUUAUCUCUCUCCCUUCCAUGCUCCCUCUCUGAGUCGUUGAAACGGUCCAAACAAAUAUGAUUGGACUGCAUGAGGGAGCAGUGACGUCAGACCGGACAUGGAAACCAGCGCAGGGAGCUUUGCCCGGUGCUGGAUUUCUGGUACGUUUAAUUCUUUUUAACUUUCUAAAUGGGGUGACCCAAUGGGACAUGCUAUAAUAACAUAUAGAUGAUGUUAUUCUUCGAGAAUAGCUUAGGAUAGUGAUGAAAUGUGCAGUUUAAGUUUGCUACCCUACCUGAUGCUCAGGUUAUCAUUCAAGUUUUUUUGUUUUUGUUUUUUUGAUUUGAGAGGAGAAAAAAAAUGGGUCAAUUUUAAUCCUAUAAGGACCACAGCUGUUGGUAGAUGUUCAUGAGAUCUGCAGAAGGCGGUCUUGUGUUAUCUUCCGUAGAUGACGACUCUUUCUUUUUUUUUCCUUUCUUUUUUUGUUCUCUUUUCAUUUACACAUGCACAGCAGUAUAAAAAGUGAUGUGGCUCUUGUUUGCACCUUCCGCAAGGAACUGAAGAUCUGUCUCAAUAAGGGAGCUUUAUAUAAAGUAAAUCUCCCUCAUCAUCCUCCCUUGUACACCACUGUAAGAAAAAAGGGCACACCAUUUGGUGGUCUUUGGGGAAAAAUGCAAAGACCCCACACGAUCAAAUUAAUUUGAACAUUGUACAUAAUUUGUGCAUGAAAUCAUAUUUUUUUUUUUUUGUCAAAUUAACUGUACCCCUCUCACAUACAGGGUAAUACUAAUGGAAGGCUGCUGAGCCUUUUGUGCUCACUAAGGAUGUCUAAAAAGUUUCCAAGAAUUAGAAUUUCACUUUUUCUCACCAAGAGUUCACCAGCUAAAGCGGGGGAAACAAUCAGUCAUUAUGUCUUGCCAAACCUGUUCUGUGCACCGUUUGCUUCACUUCACACCUGAUCACAAGCACUUUCUCUUACAUAUUCUUUGCCUUGAUUCUAACUAUUAGUCACUUGGUCUACCAUGCAUGGUCAAGUGCUGUACUGAAUACAAUCGCGCUAUUCAGAGGUUUAUGGAGAAUUACAGCUUAGUUAACAAAACCGUGAGAGGACUGCGUUUGACUGAGAAAACUACUUCCUCACUACAGAACUAGCAGAUUAGUUCCUGGAGAUUUUUUUUUUUUUGUUUGUUUGUUUUUUUUGAAUAUCAUUUUUAUUGAUGUGCUUUCAUUUUUUUUUUUUAUUCUAUGAGUUGAAGAGUGAUGACGGUGAGGUUAGUGAUAACCUGAAGUGUCACUUUAAUGACUCCUUCUGUUGACUUCCCUGACGUUUAGUGAUUAUGAGUCUCUAGGAGCUUUUCCUGCAGUUAAGGUUUAUGAUGGAAAAGUAAAUAUCACGUUUUAGCAAUAGCAGCAGAUUUGUGUCUCCAACAUUUUUUUUUUUUUUUUUUUUUAAUUUAAUCAUGGGAUUUCAGCUAGACUUUAAUAACCAGUACUAGGUUUCCAACAUCUCUUCAUAGGUAUACCAUACAACAGAGGUUUCCGAUCUUUUAUAACCUAGACACACAAUUACUAUUUUUUUUCCUGCUUUUUUUUUUUAUAAGAUGAACCUCUUUGUUGCUGGCAGCGUCCUGUGGGGCUGGUUAAUGGCGAUUUUCUCAGGGGACCCUCUUGGCCAAAAAAGGAACAGCAGGAUUGGCAUUCGGGUUCUGCAGCUCCGCACAAAACCAGAUAACGUUGAGCCUGCUGCAGGGAAACCUGUCACCGUUUAGGGGCCCAUGUAAGCGGGCAUACCAUUGCAAAUUGGGUACUCCAGGCAUUAUAAACACUGCAUAGGGCGGUAGAGGAUAUGAUGCUUUGAGUUACCUUUUUUACAGCAUUUUGUUAGUAUCACAUUUACUUGUAGCCUUGCUAAACGAAUAUGCAUGCUUCUAGUCAAAUUAACUUAUUAGUUGUUUUUAAUUGCUUGAUAGGAACACCAAUUUUAAUACGGACACAAAAAAAACAAAAACUUACAUUUUCUUCAUGUAAAAAAAAUUGCAUUUUCUUUGUGGUCACAGUGCAUUGUCCUUUAGUGUUAACCCUGAAAUUUAAAGUAUUGCUGUUUAGUAAAUAUGAUAAUGCUUACAUUGCAGGGUUAAAUAUGUCUCUAGUUAAUGUCUACCACUAGACCAACCGCAUUCUCCAUGAGAAGCGUUGGUUUGAUGUUGCAGGAGGCAGAUUUUAAGUGGCUGCAGGGACUCUAUCUUGCCUCGGGGGAAAAAAGGUAAGUUAAGCCUUUUAUUUCACUUUUUUUUUUUUAGAUUAAAGGGGGUCCUGAAUCAAAAUAAAGAUGAGAACACUAUAGCAUUGGGUAUACAGGUAUGUAUUCCUAACAUUGUUGUGUUCUUUAAACGAUUUUAUUCAACCUAUUACAGACCUGAAGUACAUGUGUUUGUGGCACUUUAAGGUGGUUUGAGAGACACUGGUGGAAAACCACGGCCUUAUUGCACUAAAAGAUGUAUUAGGCUGGCUGACAUUAGUGGUCUGAAGUAAACUUUGAAAACUUGCACUGGGGCCAGAUUAUUUAUUUAUAUUUUAUUUUAUUUUUUUAAUUUAUUUGAUAAAUUCUGUAUAAAAAGAUAUCCAUAUAAUAAAUAGUUUUGUUAAUAAUUGAAAUUAUUAUGUUUCUGAAGUUGCCGUAUAAGUCAUUUUGUGUUUUCGAAGUGGCUGGUUAUUCUGGCACGAUGUAGGAGAAACAUUUUGAUCAUGGAAUGUUUCAUCCACCCAAAAUGUCCUACUUUACUUCACUUUUGGUGCUAUGAAUUGUUUCUAUACCCACUUUUUAGUCUAAUAAUAUCAAGUUAAAUACAAGAUUGAUUGUCGACCUGUCCUAUUCCCUGUAAUCGUAUAAUAUAUUUGAUUGUAAUUGCAUAUUUAGCCAAGGUUGGCUUAGAAACAAGUAUAUAAUUGUUAGGAGCAAUUUACAUGUUUGAUGGAUGUUUCACUAGUCACUUCUCCAUUUUACAAGUGGAAACCCUACCGGUUUCUAUUUAGGAAUAGAUCCUUAUGGAAACUUAUGACAAGAAAAACUGACUGCUUAACAGGAUUAUCCACUUUUAGAUUAUAUAAACGACAUGCUACAGUUACUGGAAAAUGUCCCUGAUUUUUAUUUUUAAAUUCUAAACAUGAAAAGAAACUGUGCUGUAUGCUUGUCUGUUAAAGGAAUACUGUCAUCGUGACUUAUUAUUUGGUAUUUUCUAAUGCAUUCAUGUAAAUGGUUACAAAGUAUAUCCUCACUUAACAUUGCUUUUUAGGGGCAGACAUUUUUAAGGCCUUUUUAAGAUGGUUGCCCUCACAGAAAUAUGGUUACUACGGAGACACCCUGAAUAAAAGGCAUUUAGUGAUUAUAUAAAUGCAAUGAAGAAAACACAAGGACUUCGUUACAUGUGAUAUUUUAUUUGUUAUAAUUGCGAAUGAUGGCCAUUUCCUUUUAACCUUAAAGGGUUAAUAUCGGAUUGGCAUCUAUAGCAAUAAUGAGAAGCUUUUAGAAGAAGAAAAAUCUAUGCAUAGUGCAGAAUUUCAACAAUAUAAAAGGGAUCUGUUUUGAAUUUGUUUAACAUUCACAGCACCCCUCAAAUUCUCUGCUAUAUUGAAUUUAACCUAUUUUGGCCAUGUAAAUGCGGUAAUAGCAAUCCACUGUCUCGGGGGACAGCGUCCAGUUUUAAAGGAAAGUGCACCCACACUGUAGUGUUUCUGGCGCCAGGAAUGCCCUGAUGCACUCCCGAAGUAAGCAACAAUUUACUUAUCUAUGUACAGCUGGGCUCCUGCUGCCAGAAGGCGCUUUCAGUUAGCUUUACUGAGCUAAGCUCUUCCAUGCAGAGCACAGUGGCUGAGCACCUCAGCUGAGUAUCCACAGUCAAUAAGAACCACCAUGCAUGGCUGAGUUUAGUUCAGUGGAAGAGCUUCUUGCAACAGCAGAAGAAAUGUCCAGCACCCAGGGAAAUGAUCAAUGCAGUCUUAAGUGGUUUGACUCUCGCAUGGUUCCAGAGCAUUCCUGGCACCAUAACCACUACAGCAUGAUGUACUGUUUAGAAUGUUUGAAGGGUUACUUUUGAAAUCAACUAUCUCACUUUAAAAUGUAUGGGGAUUUCCUGUUUUGCUACUGUCUUGCCAAUCCCUCAUACUAUUUGCAUUAGAUUCCAAAGCACAUGCACAGUGUAUAUGUAAUUACGACCAUUGACGCGAUGGGGAAACUUAAUGGAGUAAGGAUUGAAGGCCAAUAAAUAGUUCCAGGCUACGUUCUCUGCCAAAAUUUCAAAUGGUGGUUGAAGAUAUAGGGCUUUAUUCACAAAACUCCCAGCAAUCUCCCAUUUAAUGAAGUGUUCUUAAUACCGUGGUCUUGCCAUUUUAUCCCUUCAGUGUAAAACAUUUCCCUUUUGUAGAAACUGCAAUAUUUACAUUGAAGGGUUAAAUACACUUUCAGAGGCGGUCUUCCGGACAGCCACUAGAGGCGGUUCCUGCUCCAGAACAAAGUCAUACGCCAAGAGGCUUUUGAUUGAGCGCAGCGUAUAGCAGGUGAUGGUGAACUACAUGCGCCAUGAUGGCUUAUGUCGCAAAUUUUUUAACAGCAGCGCUAUAUUUCAUUCUGGAAUGGUUAUGUCGUCAGAGGUGGAGUCUGCGGCUGCAGCAGAGGAGUCUCUGCAUUGGAAAUGAUAAAUAAUCUUUAUUUAACGUCACAAUGAUAGAAGGGAACUUAUAGUCCUGAACAAAAUUACUGUUCUUUUUGGGACUUUAAAAAUUCCUUUAAAUCUGGAAUAUCUUCAUUGAGGUAAAAUUUCUAGAGGCAGUUUAUGCAAUAAUAUUUAUCCUGGCCCAAUAUUGAUGGCAAUAUGAUGUAACACAUUGAAUUUUCUAGAAUCUGAAUUGACUGAUGGAUUUUAUCCAGUCAUUGCUAUUUAUAAUUUUAUUUUAUCUACAUUAUAUUAUAGCCUCAACCUUUGGAACUCUGAGCAUUGCAGUAGUAUACAUAUUUUAGUGAUCGUAUUUACCUUCAUGUUAUGAUGGGCUGUGUCAUUCAAUCCCACAGUUUCCAUCUUUACAUCAUUCAUAACAAAUGCUUGCAUGUAGUGUGGGAGGCCCUAUACAUCCUACGUAGUACAUUGGUUCCAGCUGCACAUUUUUCAUGCUAAAUAGCUACAUGUGUAGGUGGGCUUGUACUUUAUGCCAAAGUGUGGGUUAGGUUGUUUUAUUUAAACCUACCCUCACAUUGCUUAUAUCGUAGUAAAUUAAAAUCGCCUGUUAGCACCUGAUUGAUCACAUUUAAAGUGUGUGUGUGUGUGUGUUUUAUAUUGUAAUCAGCUCUGGUCCCUGACCACAAGUGCAUAUGUGUGUACCAUAUCUCCCAUCAUUUUAAAUGUGCAAAGAGGGGACCUUUACCUUUAGAGGUGUAAGUGGAGCUGUGGUCAGGGGCGGGGGCUGUUCUGAGAAAUUUUAGGAAAAUUACUAAUAACAAUGUCUGCAAAUUUAAUUUAGAGCAAGAACACAUUUAUUGCAGUCUAAAGGCACAUUACUGUGAGAAUUAUUGCAGUUCAGCUCUGCUGAAUACUCCGACACACCAACCAUAUGGAGCUCCUUGAAAAGAGGGAGAUUAGGAAAGAGAAAUUUAGGUCCAAAAUAGGCACUGUCCCUCCUCAAUAGGGUCACUUGGGAGGUACGUAUGUGUGUAUCUAUGUGUCCAUAUAUUUAUCUAUAGUCUCACAUAGGGCUUUUCUGUAACCUGUAUGAUUGACUUUGUACGCAUCUGAACUUUUUUUUUCUUCUUUUUCUUUUUUUUUUUUUCUGAACCAACCUUGCUAACCACCUUUUAAGUGUUAAAUAGCAUCAAAAGUCUUCAACAAGCAUCUCUUUACACUAACCACCAAAUAUUCUCACGGAACUGCUCUUUAAAGCCUUUUAUUGCAGCAGCCAACCGUAUAGGUUAUAUCAUUUUGUACUGAGAGAUGGUAAUUAUGUGCCAAGUAGCUGAGAUUGAUGGCACUACAACUUUAGCAACUUGGCACAAAGUUUAUUUGCAGCGUUUUCUUUUUAUAGAAGCCGUAGCUAUAAUAAACCAAAGUUAUAGUGUUUCUUCAGCAUCUUAUAUGUGUAGGAGUAUCAUCUUGUACUUUAGAAUGUGGUGGGAUUCAGUUUCCGGCAAUGCGUCGCACUGUUUAUGUACACGUUGAGUUUGUGUCACUCUUUGAAAACAUAUUUAGAAUAAAAUAUGCAGCAUCUUGUGGAAUGGUACUAAAUACAACCUCUAAAUAAAUACACAUUGCAGUGCAUGGAAAUUUUAGUAUCUUAAAUCUUAACUUGUAUGUGUGUUUUGUUGGUUUUUUUUCCCCCCCAUGUUCCUCUCCUUGCCGUUUUUAGUAUGGAAGGAAUGUGCCUAAUCUUUUUCCAUUAUCACUUGUGUUGGAGAAAAUCCAAACCCUUGUAAAUUGUCACAAGGGAGGCCCUUCAUCACCCGGGUGCAAUUCUGGAUGCUUUUCUACAGUUGUUACUGUAGAAUUAUUUGUGUACUGACUAAUAAUAAAGGUGAUGAUACGUAUACAGUGAUGAUGUGUUUUAAUGUUACCCCAUUUUUCAAAGAGGUAUUUUUUUUUUUUUUUUAAUUAUUAUUUUUUUUUUUACUGGGUCUGUAAAUUUAAAUAGAUAUCUUACCUGUUUUGGGCUAAAAUUUUAAAUACUCAAUUCCCAACAAUUUACAGUGGAUAUCCCUGAUCAUGUACAUGCCCAAAAUGGUAGAUACUUUGUACAACAUAAACGGUUGGCAAAGCAUUAUAGUUUUUGUAGUCCUACAACACCCUUGAGUCUACUUUUUGGCUAUUUGAUUUAAUGAGUGAAUUAAUCUUAGUUUGUAGCCAUAAUUAAAAUAAAGAACCAGAAGGAAGGAUAUGCCAUAGUGCUGCAUUGGAAACCUCUGUACCCUAUGCAGGCUGAGCAUUAUGGGAAAUGUAGUUCACUAACAACUGCCAUGCCAAGGUUACUCAUCACUUCAAAAUAGUUGUUACUUAUAAACAUUUUAAAAGUGAAAUAAAUGAUUAACCCCUAGUGGAGUAUUUGCAAUUAGUGUCUUUACUAAAGAUUUAUGUAACUGUACGAAUCAAUCUGAGGUAUAUUUAUUUAAUUUAGAAAUCUUCAUAGCUGCUAAUAUUGUGACCACACACUUUGCAACAGAUGUGUCCAUUUCAGUUAUUUAUAUAAAAACGAUCCAAGUUUCUCCGAAGAAGUUCAUACCUGUUGGUUGUAACUUCUGGUAUAAAAGGGAAUCAUGACAUGUCACACAUGUCAUGUGUCCUUAAGGGGUUAAGGAACACUUGGAUUAGGAAUACAAACCUAUUUAGAUUAGAUUAAAAAAAAAAUUUACUUUUUUUUCCCCCAGCGCUGAGACUCUCUGUGCUACUGCCUGCUCCCCCUCCUAUGAUGUCAUACCGGAGGUGUUUCUCUCUUGGCGAUGGUCCAUUCAAUGUCCUCAUGCAUUUCGAAGGUCACGUGACAGGUUCACUAGGUUGAUGUGGCUGAAGGUGUGUUUUAUUACGUCAAUGUAAACAGUGCAGUUUCUACAAAACAGCAAUGUUUUACAUCCAACGGUUAAAAUUACAGGACAACACAGAGACCAAUUCAUUGAGAUUUAGUGGUCUGGGUGCAUUUAGUGGCCCAUUAAAUUUUAGAUAUAUUAUAAGCCAUGUAUAGCAUAGCUGAUGGAUUUAAAGGAACACUUCAUGCACCAUAACCACCAUCGCUCAUUGUGGAGCUGCUUUGGGAUAGAAACCAGGGGUCUACCGUGUGGCCCCUUACUUACUUAGGCUUUUGCCGUCUCAACUUUGGAUUCCAAUGAUAUGCUGAGAACACUGGGCUAAAGGCACCCACAAACUUUGUGUCAUAACCACUGUAAUGUGCUGUAGUGGGUAUGGUGCUUCAAGUGCCUUUAAGGCUGUAAUAAUGAGUCUAAUGAAGACACAUUUGUCUGGCAUUAUUAAAGAAACCCAAGGUGGUCUGAUUUGGACAUGAGAUGAUUCUCAUGUGAAAAUCCGAACGUUAAAACCUUGGCAUCGCAUAAAGCUCUGCAGAGAGGCUGGGGUCUGGGCACCUCUCACAUUCACAUCUUUCAGAUUUUUAGGUUUCAGAUUUAAAAUGAUCUUAUAGAGGAUAAUGACUGUCACUAUACCAACCACCAGGCACUAAAGGUACAAGCUUUUCAUGCCCUAAAACAGUAUUUCACAGAUCUGGAGUCUUAGGAAAGAGGGAGGGGGAGGUGUGGGGUGGGGGGGACCAAAAAAAGGGCAAAUAAAUCCUUUGUGCCCUCUGGGAAUAAAACGCUGUAUAAUGCUCUGGGAGGUCCAAACACAAUGCAAUUACAACUGCCCUGGAGGUUAGAGACGUGCAUUGCUUCUUUUCCUACCUUGCGCAGUUGUCUUUGUCUAUUUUUUUACCUAUAUGACCCGCAAGUGGAUGUGUAUUAACAAUUUGUUGGCAUCGUUGCAAAGCAUUAUGGAAAUGUGUGUUACCACUUACAUGCAUAGCAGGUAUUUUUUAUUUUGUGUGCAUUUUCUGUUAAUUAAAUUGGAACUGAUCUUUAACUAUUGUUGGAGCUUACACGUUAAUGGCUAUAGGAAAAUUAUUAAAAACCUCCUGUUUCCCACAGCGCCCCUGCCUUGUGAGGGUCCGGAUGAGCUUUGAGGCUUUAUGUCUGGAAGCUGACCAUCUGAAGUAUAUAAUCUCCUUUCUAUACGCCACCCAUUAGCGCCAAUGUAACUCUACUACUCCUUCUUUCUUUGGCUGCUGGAAGAUGGCCCUGAAGACCACGUUCUUGGCCCCUCAGUGGGAAAAGAUCUGUGACUCAGUUCUCCAGUGCUUUGGUGAUCAAGCUGCGGGAAUCCUCCUAUAAGUUGUUUUUUUUUGUUUGUUUGUUUUUUUUUUUGCAGUGCAUAUAACAACGGUACCCCAACAGCAAUCCUCAGGCUUUUUUUUUUUUUUAAAUCACUUGUAACAUUUAGGUAUUUUGGAAUACAUGCACAAUUUUAUAUUUUAUGAAGAGGUUAAGCAAUAGUAGCAUAGGGUAGUUACAGUGCGAAGCAGGACACAGAAUAAUGCAGCUAUGGCAAAGUUAUAAUAAAACAAGAAGGUGAUGACUAGAGAUGUCGCGAACGGUUCGCCACGAGCUGUUCGUGGCGAACUCCGGUCAGCUGACACAUCCCGGCCAAUCUCCAGCAGACCCUCCCACCUCCUGGACAGCAUCCAUGUUGAAGGCAGCUUCAACAUGGAUGCUGUCCAGGAGGUGGGAGGGUCUGGGAGGGAGGGUCUGCUGGAGAUUGGCUGGGAUGUGUCAGCUGACCGGAGUUCGCCGCGAACGGUUCGUGGCGUCUCUAGUGAUGACAUGUAAGCAAUACCACUGGGUGCCCAUUUAAGACUGCGCUAGUUGACUGAUCAGCCAGAUAAUGUGUCAAAUGCCGAUUGGCAUAUUAAACAGAGCUAGGGGAGAUGGACCACUUCAACGAUAAUACAGGCGGAGCGUGGUAGUGCUACGCUUAAGUGAAUAGGUCAGGCAAGGAAAGUGGUGAGUAUACCAACUGGCUUACUAGGCUAAUAAGCUAAUCAGGAUGAUACAGUCGUAGUGCAUAAUAGACAUAUCGGUAAUGGCUAAGAAUCACGCUAGGUAAAUUAAAGGCAUUAAGUGGUCAGGAGGGAUAGCCAUGUAGAGAAAAAGAGUAAAUGAAAACAUAUAACGUGUGGUCGGCAAUCAUGCUGGGUAGAUGCACUGCCCGAACUUGGCCAUCUGCUUCCUGGUGCUAGAAGUGUGUCUGUGGUGGUGCUUAGUGGACCCAGUUUGCGGGCUACCAUGUAGGCCCCUCGAUUCAGUAGGCUAAACAGUCAUCCGACACCUGUGCGUGGCCCCUGCUUGUGUUUGGGCUCAGUCCACUUGGGGGAGCAGUGCAGCGUCAUGAAGGUGGGGUGCCUCUCGAACUCUGGUGCUUUGGGAGAGCUGGUACCCUCUUGCCACGAGCCUGGAAUCCGUCGAGGUCCAGGAUCUUCCUGGUUGGAAGGGUGUGGUUGGCCUUGCGUGGUUCAGGUGUGCGUCUUGCGGCCCUCCGCGUGUGUGACCGGUACCUGUGGGUCUUGACCCGUGUUGCUCUCAGCCCAGGUGGGCAUCUUGUGUGAGUCUAGGAGUGGGGGACAGCAUUGCGCCCAUUAGAGGUUUCCCAGGCCUCAUCUUGCUGUGAACGUAGUCCCUGGUAGGUGGUACAUGGAUGGCUACAGCUGUCCGUGUGCGAGCCAGCAGCUGAGCCCAGAAUCGGUCAAAAAUAUAACUGAGGGUGUGCCUUGCUUUAUUACUGGGGCCUGGCACAUCAGGCUGCUGCAGCUGCAUGCCGUGUGUAGCUGGGUCAGAUGAGACUGCCAUCUUGGAGACGUUCAGCUCGUGAGGACUGCAAGACCCUCUGAAAGGUAUGAGGCUGAGCUAGCUCCCUUCGGUGGGGACCGGGAUUUCCCCCACCGGUCCAUGGUGGGGGGAAUGUGUAGUGCUUGCGUGCGGCUUGGAGCAGCGAGUGGAAAGCAGGGCUCCAUUUGGAAAGCUUCCCAGCAGUUCAACCUGAGAUAUCAUUGCGGUUAGUGUCCGUGCAGCAGGAGCUCAUACAAGACACGUCUUGCUUGCUGGUCCCACCUAUAAUUUCAUAUUGCUGUGGUGUAAAACCCCACAGGCACUACAAGUCCCUAGGCACCUGCCACCAUAUUUGGUGGGACUGUCCUCCGAUAGCCCCGUCCUUGAAAAAGAUACAUGGCCCUAUCAAAUGGUUCACUGAUCACCCUCCCCCAUUCCAACUGGCAUCGUUCCUACUCCACCAUACCUCAGUGGCGGACUCUGCAUACAAGUAUUCGUUGACUAUUCAAAUCCUGAAUACUGCUUUUUUCUCUUCUCUUCUCUUUGUCCUUUUUACUUUCUCUUUACUUUUACUCUGGUAAUUAUUUUCAUGGCUGGGAGAUUAUCUAUCAAGGUUUAUUAAAGGGACACUAUAGUCACCGGAACAACUACAGCUUAUUGUAUUUGUUCUGGCGAGUAUUAUUAUUAUUAUUAUUAUUAUUUAUGUAGUGCCAACAGAUUCCGUAGCUCUUUACAAUAUUAUAAGAUGGGGGGAUUUAUCUAUAAAUAGGAUAAUUACAAGAAAACGUACAGAAAUGAUGGGUUGAAGAGGGCACUGCUCAAACGAGCUUACAGUCUAUAGGAGGUGGGGUAUAAAACACAUUAGGACAGGAAAUAGCAAUCAAAUAAGGUGGGAGUGAAGCAGAGCUGGAGGAGAGAGUAGAGUGCUGCCCUUUAGGAGAGAGCAAGAGACAGGUAUGUGAGGUAGAGGUUACUCUGGGACGCCAUAAGCUUUCCUAAAGAGAUGGGUUUAAGGCACUACCAAUACCGAUAUUCUGUAAAUUACCCCCCUUUAGUGUUUUUUCUCCCUCCAUGCCCUUUAGUGUGUGGUCCCUCCCGUGUGCCUCAUUACCACUCUUGUUGCGUGACCAAGCGGAGCAGACUGCGGUACAGGAGUUCAGUUUCCUGUACCCGGCCGGGGUGACAGGAAUUGCUCUCUCAGUGAGUAAUUCCCGUCUGUCCGGCUGGGUACAGGAAACCGAAGCUCCUGUACUGCGAUCGGCUCUGCUCCGCUUGGCCACGCUACACUGAGUGACUGACUGGUAGGGGGAGCAAUGUGGGCUUCCUUCCUGCUGGUCAAUCGAUUGUUGCCUUCUGGACAUGCCAGCCCUGUGUGCGUUGUGCCACCGCCGCCUCUCACAUUAUCGGCAAUAUCAGUAUCAAUAGUGGCCGAUACUGGGGGCAGGGCCUGACACUCAUGGCAACCAGACGUGCUUUGCUUGAGCUCCUCGCCUGGCUUUUAGCCUAUCUUUGCGUCUGAUCUGCACCCUGUGGAAACUUACCAUAACCCUGACCGGGCCGGUUCACUUAGAAGUUGAUGGGAGCUAAAAGUGAUGCAGAAACAACCAGAGGAGAUGGUGCGGCCAAGUCGACCUCUGGAACGGGAGGGACGGCCGCCCUACCAGUCUUGAGGGUCCUGGACAUGUGCUGAAUCCUUCUACUGCCCCGUUCUCUCUCCGCCCCCACCCCUUCGGGACCGGUGGGUGUUAUCCCGGUCCCCGUCAAGCAAGCUCUAACCGUCACAUCUCUUCUCGGCGGAUCAACGUGGUAGGUAGAAGGCUCCCACGCGGUCUCACUAAAAUGGCUGCGCAGCAAUUCCACCAGCCAAGAAGGUGAAUCCUUUGUGGCGUUCUGAUGCGGUGCUCAUAAGUCAAACAGCCCGAGCCGAAUCUGGGGGUUCUUAUCCCCCUUUUCAGGUAAACAAUUUGUCCCCUAUUUUCAUUCUAUGGAAAUGCUUACUGCUGUUACUUACUCCUGGUUACAUCUGUUGCCAUUGGUCAUAAAUUAAGCUGUUUAGUCUGUAAAACCUGCAGUGUACGCGCAUUUGAUAUUUGAUACAGUGUAAGUGGCUGGUUGCUACAGAAUAUAUUUCUGGACACACAAAUUCUGCAUGCUGUUGGGCAGUGCAUGAAAAUGCUGCCCUGCAAUAUGUAACUUUCAUUUGCUGUGGACAGGAACACAACUAAUUGAAUCUUUCAUAUGGCUAUUUAACUUCCUGUAGCCUCUGAUUCCUAAAGAGUGUAGGACAGCACUUUUCAUGUUUUGACCAGCAGUCUAUACAAAUGAUGUGCCUUCGAAAACAUCGUAUAUUCAGUAGCUCUACUUGACAGGCAAGCAGGCCACUGGCAGGUUGACUGCAUACAAACUUGUGUAACAGACUCUUAUGCCAAAUUAAGUGUGAAAUUGGGAACUGUGCUUAUGGAAGCCAUGGAAAAAAAAAAUCUUAAACAACAAAUUGCCUACAGUUCUUUUAAAAGUAUAAUAAAGACAUUGCUUUUGAAGAGUUGCCAUUUUAAAAGAUGAAACCAAGCUGCUUCUGUUAGCUGAACGGCUUCAAUUAUUCUUAUAGUUUAAUCAGUUUCUGUUUGUUGUUCAGGUUGCAAAAUAUGAUUACUUGUCACAAACUAUAUUUUAUGGUGUUUGUUUAAUUUUAAGGAACUGUUUGUAUUCCCUUUUUUUUUUAUUUUUUUAUUUUUAAAUCUUUCUUUAAUAUAGUGCCACUGCCUCUGAAUCUUUAAUGAAAGUAUGAGCUGAUGCAAGUGAACACUAACCGACUCCCACACCUAAUUAAAUGUGUAAUGUCAACAUUACUAAUUAAUGGUGUGUCACCUAAGUGGGCACUCUAGUGUGAAAAUGUUGAGUAAAUAAUUUUUUUAAAAUUUUUUUUGUGUGUGGUAGAGAUUUGAUAAAGCAACAAUAUAAUCUUUUAGUUUUUGGCAUAACUACUAAAAACUGCCGUUAUUUGUAAAGUGCUCAUAUAUUUCACACUGAAGUGAAAAGGAACCAGAGGUUGUUGAGGACCCUUUUUAAAUGAGUUUAUAGUCUAGAGCAGGGUCAGACAACCUUUCACACUACUGAUAUGGACUACAUCUCCCUUGAUGCUUUGCCAGCAUCACUGCUAUAAGAGCAGUAUGGAACCAUAACCUCUUCAAUGCUGAAGGUUGCCUAUGACUGGUCUAGAGUCUCUAGACAGAGAGAUAAAAAAAAAAAAAUGUAAUUUUGUAAUUCUGUAUUAAUUUUGGCAUACUCAUUUUAUAGGUAUUUCUUUUUGGUUAUACCAUCAGAAUGCUCAUUGACUUUUCUUAAAGGAUCACUAUGGUGUCAGAAAAACAAAGCGUUUUUCCUGACACUACAGUGCUCUGAGGGUGCCCCCAUCCUCAGGGUCCCCCUCCCGUGGCACUGAAGGGGUUAAAACCCCUUCAGCAGCUUACCUUAUUCCAGCGCCGGGCUCCCUCGGCGCUGGUGACCUCUCCUCCCCCGCCGACGUCAGUGGAGCCAACUGUGCAUACGCGGCAAGUGCCGAGCGCAUUCAAAGUGUCCAUAGGAAAGCAUUUCUCAAUGCUUUCCUAUGGAUGCUCUGCGUGAUGGUGGCAUAUAAUGCCUCAAGAGUCGCAGAUGCGCCACUAGAGGCUGGCUUAACCCCAAAUGUAAACAUAGCAGUUUGCAUCUGAAGGGUUAAAACCUGAGGGACCUGGCACCCAGACCACUUCUUUGAGCUGAAGUGGUCUGGGUGACUAUAGUGUCCCUUUAAAUACCAUGGCUGAUGGCUGGGAAAACAAAUAAAGUUAUGUAGAGUGAGCUGUGAGAAAAUGUUUGGAAGGAUUAAGCAUUUCACUGAAUAACAUUUUAAUUACUUUACCUUGUAUUAGGAAAGAUGGAGCAUAAGGUAAAGUAGUCGCUCAUUUGCUUUUGGGGGGGAAAAAAUACAACCUACGUAUAAAAAAAAAAUAAAAAAUAUAUAUAUAUAUAUAUAUAUACCGUAUAUAUAUUAGGGAUCGACCGAUUAUCGGUUUUACCGAUAUAAUCGGCCGAUAUUCGGUAUUCUCGGCAAUAUCGGUAUCGGCCAAUUCAGAUACCGAUAUUGCCGAUAAUACCUCCUGGGACCGCCGGGCUCAUUACAAGCCCGGCGGUCCUGGGGGGGCGGAGAGCAAGCGCUUACUCACCUCCCAGCAGCUCCCCAGUGCAACUCUCGCGAGACCAGCGGCCGUCAGAGCGUUGCCAUGGAUCACCAUGGCAACGCUCCGCGCGACACGCUGGCCGCGAGAGUUGCACUGGGGAGCUGGAGGAGCUGCUGGGAGGUGAGUAAGCGCUUGCUGCCCGCCCCCCCCAAAGCUCAGCAAUACCACUGGACCACCAGGGACUGCUAUAUCCCCCCUCCCUGGCCAGGUAACAAGCAGGGAGGGGGGACAACAGAAAUAAAUAAUAAUUAAGUAAAUAAUUUUUUUUUUAAAUAAUUUAAUAAAAAAUGCCCCCUCACACACUGCAUUAUAUACACUACACAAACACACUGUGUAUAUAAUGCAGUGUGUGUUUGUAUAGUGUGUGUGUGUGUGUUUGUAUACAAUGCACACAAAUACACUGCAUUAUAUACACACACUAUACAAACACACAAACACAGUGUGUAUAUAACAGUGUGUGUUUGUGUAGUGUGGGUAUAUAAUGCAGUGUGUGUUUGUAUAGUGUGUGUAUAUAAUGCAGUGUGUGUUUGUGUAGUGUGUAUAUAAUAAUGCAGUGUGUGUGUUUGUGUAGUGUGUUUAUAUAAUGCAGUGUGUUGUGUAGUGUGUGUAGUGUAUAUAAUGCAGUGUGUUUGCAUAGUGUGUGUAUAUAAUGCACACUACACAAACACACUGCAUUAUAUACACACACUAUACAAACACACACACACUCUGCAUUAUAUAAACACACUACAUUCACUAUACACACACUACACAAAUACACACACACACUCUGCAUUCAUUAUAUACACACACUUUGCAUUUAGUAUAUACAGCAUUCACUUUACGCACACUACCCACACACUGCACAAACACUCUGCUUUCAUUAUAUACACACUACACUAAUACACACUGCAUCCACUAUACACAGACAAAUACACACAUUGCAUCCUCCACACACACUACACAAACACACACUGCAUCCAUAACACACACUACACAAACACACACUGCAUCCACUACACACACACUACACAAACACACACAGCUCCCCUGUCACACUGCAUCCACUACACGUGGCAUGUAUAUUUUGUGCAUUUACCUUUAGAAAUAGUUUUUAUUUUCCAAAAUGGUAAAUGUACAGAAUAUCGGCAAAUUAUAUCGGCUAUCGGCCUGAAAGUUCACAGAAUAUCGGUAUCGGUAUCGGCUCUGAAAAAUCAAUAUCGGUCGAUCCCUAAUAUAUAUAUAUUGAUAUAUGUGUGUGUAUUGAUAUUCUAAAAAGUAAUGCGAGAUAGCCUAAAAAGUUUGAAAUUAUCCAUGUCGGUUGUCUUAAUUUUCCAGUUUAUUGAAUAGGCCCCUGCAUUUAGUUCUGUGGAACACUGCCAAACAGUUGUACACUCUGAACAUUCUCAGUGCCUUUAAAAAAAAUAAAAAAAUAAAUAAAAAAAUAAAGUGGCACAGAGGAAUUUUAGCCCCAAAAGCUACCCUUUCUGAAAACAUACUAUUCGUUCUUAAUAUGACUAAUGUCUUUCUGAAUCCAAACGCACCUCAUGCACUUCAAUAAAUGGGAAAUCCAUAUUCGCUAAAUUCUGAUAUUGAAAAACAAAUUGAAAAAGCACACUCUUUUUACAUCUUUUAAACUCCACUGCCAUCUGGGUACCCCUUUUCUUACCAACCCAUUGUUAGAAGAUUAAUACAAGUAAUUUAAAAUCUUCUUUAGGCAAUGGCUGGAGUCCCAGAAAGUUGUUGGCAAAAGAGCCCAUCAUAUUAACCGCUAGCACAUUCCAAAAAGCAGCAGCAGCCCUGGGACAUGUUCCAAGACUCCAACGCAAACAUGCCAUGAAGUUGUAUUAAUUACGCAUGUGUGUGGACCUGCUUAACUGAACCCAGAACCAAUUCCAAAAAUAGAAUUUAACAAUAGGAAAAGUGCAUAACCUAUUUCUGUUUGCAUUUCUCAUUGCAUCGGUGAGAUUUUCCACAUCCUAUUUAUCCUGCGCCAGCUGCUGACAGCAGUGCACUACCCCACGUUUUAUUCUUCUACGUCAGUUGGUCUAAAAAAAAUUAAAUAAAUUGAGAUAUAUAUAUAUAUAUAUAUCUCUCUACAUAAUCAUUCACACACAUACAUAUAAAAUUCAAAAUAAAAGUAAAUAGUUUGUAUAGAAUUUGUACUUUUCUUUGCUGUAAUUAAAGAGAGAACUAACCGAAAAAAUAACUGCUUUUAUCCUAAAAAAAAUAAAUCGUUAAAUUACAUUUUAUAGAUUAGUACAAAAAAAAAUUAAUAUUUACCUUUUCAUGCCCUUAACCUUCUGUUUGUGCUUCUAUUCUACUGGUUACAUAAGACGUUAUAAUUCCACAGCCUAUAGAAACUUCUCACUGCGUAAAGUUAGACCCAUGGGCAUAGAAGAACAGUCUAACUGGAAUAGUACUAGUCAUAAGUACUAAGUUUAGCUUUCAGUUAAUCUAUAUACUUUUUCUUUUUUCUUUUUUUUUUCUUUGGGAAAACAUCAAUAUUACUUUUAUACAACUCGGUGAACGUAAAGGCUUACUUGCUUAACAGUGAAUGAAAUGUAAAUUUUCAGGUAAAGUUGUGAAUAUAGCUGUAUAGGUGAGAACCUUUCCAAAUGACUAUAUUGACAUAAAUCAUUUAAUUCAGAUUCCAGUUCACUAGUCGAAUGUUCAAAGAAUAAACUACCAAUGUUAUGUUAACUCUUUCAUGGCACAUGUCAUGUUGGUAUGUCAUGCACUAAAAAUGGUGACACGUUAUUUUACAUGUAGAGGCCACUAGUUAAAGUGGCACUGUCACUGCGUGUGAUAAAGUCAAGACUGAUAGAAUUUCACAGAAAUUCCAUUGCAGUCAAAAGAUCGAGAUAAGAGACAAAUAAGUGUGAUUACUUUGUCUUAUGUGGAAUCUGAUCUUUGGCAAAAUUCUGCAAUUGGCUGCAGUAACAAAACGGGAAACAGAACUCCCCUUUUUAUUUGAUAUUAUUUUUUUUAUUUUUUUCACAAAAUGACAAGACUUCAGUGUGAAGAACUGAACAUCUUCAUAUUCAAGGAAAAUAAAUAUACAACAUCAAACAUACAAGAAUGGUUUAAGGCUAAGUGAACUGUAAGUGUGACCAUUGUAAAUGUGAAACACACUUAAAAUAAUAUUCAAUAAUUAACACAAAUGAAUUGCUGUCUCACGAUAUAAUAGCAGUGAACAGGCAAAAAAAAAACUCAAAUGCAAUAACAAUGGGUAAAGAAGAAGCAUUAUUUAAAGGAAUACUAUAGUCACCAUAACAACUGCAGCUUAAUGUAGAUUUUCUGGUGUCUAUACCAUGUCCCUGCAGCCUAGGGACACCUAGGCCACUCCUCAGAAUCAAUGCAUAUCCAUGAGGAGAUGCUGAUUGGCCAGGGCAGCAUUUGGCUCCGCCCCCUCCCUGCCUCCUUGGAUGAGAUCAUUAGAUUUGACUGUCAGUCAAUCCAUUGCUUUCCUUUGGGAAUUCUGAUGUCUAUCAAGGAGGCUGACCCGUGCGGUGCUGGAAAUAAGGCAAGAUAGUUAGGGAACAGGGGACCUAAAUUAUUUUAUUUUUUACACUAUAGUGUCAGAAUUACAGUAUCUUGCUGAUCCUAAAUAACUGCUUUGGAAGCAAUUUGCUGUGUGUAAAAUGUCCAAAUAUAUAUAUAUAUAUAUACUGCCGAUCUCAUUAAGAUGACGUGGUCUGGGUGCCUAUAGUGGUCCUUUAAGCUCAGAUAGGAACAAGCAUUUUAAUCUGUAAUGAAUAGAUUUUAGUGUCACCUUAUUGCACAUUUGCAUGAAGAUAUAUGGGGGACAUUAGUCGUUGUGGGAUCAUCCUUGAACCCCCAUCUUGUACAGUUCUGUUUAAAAGUACACCAGCAAUUACAGUUGCCUUCAUUUCUCAAAGACCAGAAGAUUUCUAAGUAAGUGCACACUAAAACGUUUCACCCAGACGCCAAUAUGUCACAGAUAAGGUUUUGCAAAAAUUCCAAAGACCCCCCAAAGUGACAAUGUUGCUUUAAGGAUAGACCAUAAUUAAAAUCUUGUUCCACAAUGAUAAGUGAAAUUGUGGCUGUCGGCCAAAUAGUGUAUAUUUGUGAUAGUCUUGCUCCUCUAUAUGAAUUUGUACUCUUUGUUCUACAUGUAAUGGGUUUUCAUUAUCUAUUUACCAGCUGCCCUUCACUUCCUAUUGCUUAUCAGCUCAUUGUAAAUUACAAACGGCUUUAACCACUUGGUGUAGGAGACUCCUCCUGUCUGCAAACUCUGCUUGAUGAGCAUUGAAUAAGGGAAAUAACAAAACAUUGUGGUUUGAGGCUACUGACAAAUUCUUCAGGCAUAUGAGCAAUAUACCACAGCAACCCUUUUGAACUCUAAAGCAUUAUCAUUACUUAUACACACACCUCAAAAAAAACACGAGUCCUCUCUCAUGUAUGUGUGUUUAUCACCUUCUAGGCACACGUCCUGUGUGCAAAACCAAAAUUAAAUGCUGAAGGUUCUCUUGUCGGAAAUCUGCUUUUAUUAUAUUCAGAUUGACUAAAAAUUACAAUGGGACUUUAAAUAUGUUUUAAAUAAGGGAAAAAUAAACCUGGUCUGCAUUAUUUUGUGAUAUGCAUAAUCAUAUUUACAUAAUUACAUUUUUAACCCCUUAAGGACAUAUGACGUGUGACAUGUCAUGAUUCCCUUUUGGUCCUUAAGGGGUUAAAUAACAUUACCAACAAAAUUACAUUCUUAAAAGAAACACUAUAGUCACCCAGACCACUUCAUCUCAAUGAAGUGGUCUGGGUGCAGUGUCCCCGUCCCCUUAACUCCUCAAAGAAGGCCUAACUCCUUUUGUAACGGUGCAUGAUGAGGAUAGGUGAGCAGGAAACAGGGGUUUUUCACCCUUUCAGUGCCAAACUGGGUUGAGGAACACUCUAAUGUUGGCAAUACAGGUUUCUAUUCCUAAUGUUAGUGUUCCUUUCAAACUGCCGUAUAUAAUAUAUUUAUUUGCAUUUAGUUAUUUUUUUUUAUCUCUUUCCAUUUAUUUUAGUUCCCCACCACUACAAUUUGCCUUUAUUUACAAUUAUCCUUUCUUCGAUGGGUGGGUUCCCAUAAACCCACCCUUGUCCUCGGUAGCCUCAAAACUUAUUUCAAUCACCUCCUCCUUUGGCCUAUCGCAAUGGGGUAAUUCUCCCACACAUGUAGCUGGCAAUACCAUAGAUCUUAUUUUUUCAAAUGCAUACUCAGUCUCCAAUCUCUGUUAUACUCCAUUUCAUCUAUCAGACCACCACCUCCUAUCAUUUGUUUUUGGGUGCCCCCACACCCAAUAUCCUCAACCUAAUCCCCCUCAACUCAGGAGGAAUUUGAAUUCUCUUGAUCUCCAGCAGCUAUCAAUUGUAAUCCAUUCUGAACUCUCAUCCAUCCCUUCCCUCUCCUGUACCUCUCUGGCUAUCUCCUCAUAUUAAACUACCCUCACCUCUGCCCUAGAUGCUGCAGCCCUACUCCAAGCAUGCACCUCAAGGAGGGCACGUCGCCAACUGUCUCACACUAGGUCAACAGGCUACCUACAGAGAUGCUCCCGUUCAGCUGAACACUGCUGGAGAUAGUCCCGCACCUUGUCAGACUUCCUCCAUUAUAAUUAAUUUUGUUUUCAUAUGGCACAGCCCUCACCCUCGCUAAACAAUCCUACUUUUCAUCUAUUGUUAGUUGCAUGCUACUAUACCGACAAGAUUGAAUAGUUAAGGAAAGAAUGCUCCUCUCUUUCGCAUCCACACAUCAACCGUUCCUUUCCUACCCUACAGGCCUUCUCCCCAGCUACAGAACCAGAGAGGUGGCUUUGCUUCUCCUUUCCUCUCGUCCCACCACCUGUCCGCUUGAUCCUUCCCACCUUAUCAGAUCUCUCUCCCCUUGUCUUGUACCAUCCUUAACACACAUCCUAAACUGCUCUCUUUCAUAUGGUGUUGUCCCUGCUCCUCUAAAGCAUGCUACUGUCGUACCAAUCCUAAAAAAGCCAUCCCUAGACCCAUCUUCACCUUCCAAUUAUCGUCCCAUAUCCCUGCUCUUUUUUUCCUCAGAGCUUCUAGAAAGGCUUGUCUUUGCUCGUAUGACUCACUUCCUAAAUUCCAACUCCCUCCUCGGUCCUCUUCAAUCUGGCUUUCACCCCUUCCACUCUGAGACUGCUAUCAUUAAAGGACCACUCUAGGCACCCAGACCACUUCAGCUUAAUGAAGUGGUCUGGGUGCCAGGUCCUUCUAGGGUUAACCCAUUUUUUCAUAAACAUAGCAGUUUCAGAGAAACUGCUAUGUUUAUGAAUGGGUUAAGCCUUCCCCCAUUCCCUCUAGCAGCUGUCUCAUUGACAGCCGCUAGAGGCGCUUGCGUGCUUCUCACUGUGAUUUUCACAGUGAGAGCACGCCAGCGUCCAUAGGAAAGCAUUAUGAAUGUUUUCCUAUGUGACCGGCUGAAUGCGCGCGCAGCUCUUGCCGCGCGUGCGCAUUCAGCCGACGGGGAGGAGAGAAGGAGGAUCGGAGGAGGAGAGCUCUCCGCCCAGCGCUGGAAAAAGGUACUUUUUAACCGCUUUCCCUUUCCAGAGCCGGGCGGGAGGGGGACCCUGAGGGUGGGGGCACCCUCAGGGCACUAUAGUGCCAGUUAAACGAGUAUGUUUUCCUGGCACUAUAGUGGUCCUUUAAAGUUACAAAUGACCUAAUCACAGCUAAAUCCAAAGGCCACUACUCCAUACUAAUUCUUCUUGACCUCUCUGCUGCCUUUGACACUUGAUCAUGGCCUCCUUCUCCUAACUCUUCAAUAUCUUGGUCUCUGACACAGCCCUCUCAUGGUUCUCCUCCUAUCUCUCCCAAUGCUCCUUCAGUGUCUUUUUUUCCAAUGACACCUCCUCUCUUGAUCCUGCCUCAGUCAGAGUCCCUCAAGGUUCAGUUCUUGGUCCCCUUUUGUUCUCGCUAUACUGCCUCUCUUGGCAAACUCAUUAAUUCAUAUGGAUUCCACUACCACCUGUACUCCGACACCCAGAUAUACCUCUCCCCUGCUGUCCUACAACGUGUCACUAAUUGCCUCUCUUCUAUCUUUUAUUGGAUGUCCUCCUGCUUUCUGAAACUCAAUCUCUCUAAAACUGAGUUUCUUAUUUUUCCUCCUCAUAAAACUAAGCCUCCUCCUUCAAUCCCCCUGCAGGUUGACAGUACCUGCCUAACCCUAUCCUUUCAAGCUCACUGUCUUGGUGUCAUUUUUGAUCCUGGCCUCACCUUUGCACCUCAUGUCCAGUCUGUUGCUAAAACCUGUCGAUUACAACUUAAAAACAUUGCCUGCAUACUCCCAUUUCUUACGCAAGAUGCUGCCAAGGAGAUUGUUCAUCCUCUAGUAAUCUCUCACAUGGAUUACUGUAAUUCCCUCAUAAUUUGAAUCCCCAGAAGCCGUACUACCCCCCUGCAAAUUCACGCCUGCAAGACUUCUCACGGGCGGCUCCUUUGUUUUGGAAAAGCCUGCCUACCCCUGUCAGACUCUCCUCUAGUCUUCAAUCAUUUAAGAAGUCCCUAAAUGCUUAUGCCUCCCAAGAAUAACUUCUAUAUCUCAAACCUUCCUGUUGCUCUCUCCUACAGGGCCACACUCCACUUUCACCUCCCGCUCUGCUAUUUUCCCACCAUGUCAAUUUGCUGUCUCCCUCAAUACCCUUCCUAUUGUGUUUUGCUACCCCACCUCCUCUAGACUGUAAGCUUGUUUGAGCAGGAUCCUCAACUGCCUAUUGUUCCUGUUACAUUUUGUUAUUGUCUCAUUUGGUUAAUUCCCCUCUUAUUGUAAAGCACUGCCGAAUAAGCUGGUGCCAUAUAAAUAAUAACCAAUAAUAAUCUGGAUCUGGUUGCAGCCAUUUUGAUCUCCUUAGACCAUGUUUGCCCUUUUGUUGGAUUGAUUAUACAGAUGGAUUCUGGGUACACUAGAUUGGCAAUUGAAAAAGAACCAUAAGUACGCUCUGCUCAAUAUCCGGUUUUGUCAACUUGCUACCGAUACACAAAAAAACAUAGUCCUUAUUUUUCCUUAUGUGCUUUAUAAAAUCUAGUGCUCAGGACAAUUUUUUUUUUUUUUUUGUGUGUGUCUCAGUGGUCCUACUAUGCUGCUAUCCACAGUGUGUCAUAUGUUAGACUAAUAGAAUGCUCGCUAUCUGCAACCCCUUUUAAAUGGGCCCCUUCCUGUGCAUUUCCAAACAAGAACAAUGUCAAACAAUGAAAACCAACCAUAACAAACUUUAAAAAUAUCUUUCAAAUUCUCAAAACAAUGCACUUUUCAUAUUCUAAUUUAUUCACUAUUUCUAUCUAUCUGUAAUACCGUACUCCCAUGGCUUUGCACUCCUCCCUGGCACAGGUGCCUCAUUCCAGGGCCCUAUUUAACCUUGCCUUGCAGAGAGUCCCAGGAGGAAGGUUAUCCCAAGUAAGUGGAUUAAUCUCAGAAGAGCGACAUUUGAUUGCUAGGAAAGGACCUGACAAAAGUGGGGUACAUUGGUGUUGUGGCAGGCCUGUGCAAUAUAUGAUCAUAUACUGUAACUAAAUUAUUGUAGGGUAUUUUUUUUUUUUUUUAAAAGCUACAGAAUCAUUUGAGCAUUGAAGUUGGUAUUUGGUGAGUGCGCAGAAUCUAAAGUUUCCCAGUUUCCAGAAGAAAAUCCUCUUUAACUCUGUGGAAAUUUAUAGUGAUGCAACUCCUUUUACAAAGUCAACUUUUCCUAUUCACGUAGCUGGGAUAUUAUCUUUAUUGAUUACUUGUGUUAAUGCUUGACAGCAUAGCCAUAUGUAAUAUGGUGACUAAUUACAAAGUAAAUGUAAUAUGGAUUUUUCUUUACACACUUGAACUGUCUAAUUACCUGUAAAUGAAUGGAACAUGCGACCUUUUAGGUAAUUCUACACAUGCGUAAGAAUUAUAACCAUCUUCGGUAAUAUUUCAAAGAACAGUUACUGAUAAAGGAGCAUUGACAAUAUUUACACCUUUUGUUUACUAGAGGCAAAUGUAAUAAAUGAAAAAAAUAUACACAGAAUAAAUAGACACUGUACUACAUACAACAGACGAGAUGAUUUCAAUUAAUUGAGAAUUUUGUUUACCCAGUAAACAGAGUAGAUAUCCCAGCUCCUAUUAUAAAAGUGAUGUACAGUAUGGUUAACUACCCAAGAACAAUGAUAUAUUUAGCCUCUGCAACCCUGUACUGCCACUUUGCUUUUAACUCCUUAAGGACCAAACUUCUGGAAUAAAAGGGAAUCAUGACAUGUCACGUGUCCUUAAGGGGUUAAAUGAGAGGGACAAUUCCAUUAAUAUAUUUUGCCAAGUAUAAAUCUUUAAAAAGGCAAUGUCCCUACCACCAAAUUACUAAUUUCAUCCAUCCAUGUUAUGUCAUUUUAACUGUGAGUAUGUCAUGAAAAUCUAAGGGUUUUUUCACUAAACGUUGAAUGUCAGUGGAAUGCCAUCCAGUUUCCAAAUUUGGCUGUUUCAACGGAAACUUUACAAGGUUAAAAAUCUUUUGGCUAUUCACAAAGUUCUAAUUUGGUUGUUUUUAAGCCAUAAAACAUACAUUUAUUUGCUAACUGUUAAAAUCUGACAAAUCUCUAUAUACGUUUUUCUGAUUGAAAACUGAAAUUGUAACUAACUUCCCUUAAUAAUUUUAUUCAUUUAUUUUUGGUCAUAUUGUAACAGCAGGGUAAUUUGGUUGUUUGUUUAUUUUAUUUUUUUUAAAACUAAUCUCACUGCAGCAAGAAGAUCAAUUUCAAAAUAGCAGGGACUCCUUCAGCUCUAUGAAAUUUCAGUUUGGUUGACGGUGAAUAAAGUAAACUUUAUUUUACCUUAAGUGUUUCCAUGUAAAGAUGGCAUUUCUGGAAUUGUUUCACAAUUUUAAAAUCUUCAGUGACCGCCACUGAUUUAAAGUCCAUUGAAGGAACACUACAGGACCACCUAGACUACCUCAUGCAAAUGAAGUGGUCUGGGUGCCAUGUGCCCUGUGUAUUAACCCUGCAAUCUAAACCAUUUCAGUUCUGCAGGGACCGCAAAGAUUUUUAUUUACAGGGUUAACCUGCCUCUAGUGGCUGCCACAUCUAACAGCAAGUAGAGAGGCGCUUCACUGAUGUCGUGGAGUAAAAUUCCACUUUUUUUUUUUUAGUCCCUAUUUUCUCAUACAAAUCAUCUGAUUGGCACAGCGUGUUACCUUGCCUCACAUGCGUGCUAGUCUCCCAGUGCUGGAAAGCAUUGGCUGAGAUCAUCGAUCUCUGUGAUUUCAACCAAGGAGGCAGGACCAGGCAUGGACAGAGCAGCAAGGUUUGGGAAGCAAGGGAAGUUAAAUGUUGACUAAGGCACUCUAGCGUUUGGAAUACACAUCUUGUGUUCCAGAAGCUGUGAUUUGCUGAUUAGAUUACCAGCUUUCACUGUUCAUGUAAAAAGGAAAAUGUGUGUAUCCAGUAUGUCAAAGGUAAACUAGAAAACCAAUGUUCGAAGCUUACUCCAUUAAAAAAUAGACUCCUGAACAAAUUUCAGAGAUCAACACAUGCAGUAUAGGCAGUACAUGAAAUGAAUGUUGUGGGUGUUUUUUUUUUUUUUUAAUGCAGGUACACCUAGCCUUCCAGGAAAAGUUUUUUUGUUUUUUUUUAAUAGUAUUGCUAAAAAUUAAACACGAAGAUGGGUGCAUAGAUACACUAAAUGGAAAAUAUGUACAAUAUAUUUUCAGAAAGGAAACCUGCAUCAGAAGCAGAAGGAGUUUGCAAUAAUCACAAGUUAAGCAAUGCAAACAAGUUAUUUUUGAUUAAAAUGAUAAAUAUCUCACCCAGGUUGUCUGCUGCAAAAUAAAUGGAAUUCGUGUUUGUGUUUUUUGUUUUGUACUGAUCCCAGGUGGUUUUGUAUUUCAUACUAUGUAACACAUGGAGUGAUUAUAUGUUUGAAUACAACCUUGUGGUUCCUCUGCACAUUUAAUUCAGCUGACACCCUCUCUAUAGAGUGUUUUUACGGCAUAUGUAACCUGGAUAGGCAGUUGGUUAGCUUUAUGAGCCAUAUUCUUCUAGUGAUUGUGUCACUAGGUAGCUUGAAGACUCAGAAGAGACCAAACCUGCCCAGCUUGAGGUUAUAUUAUAUUACCUAGGUAUACUUUUUUCAGUGGGCAACAAGUCUCUGAAAUGCAACUGCUCACAUGUACAUUUAGUACACACAUUACUAAUAAUCUGUAGGUAAUGGUAAAUUGUAUCUGAAUGUGUGCUAGUUUUAAUGUACCAUUAUUAUGCCUGCAUUGCCCAUAGCUGUAUAUAGGGCUUGAAGUGGUAUUCUGUCUGUAUUUUUAUAUCCGCACUGGUAUUUCAAUAGUUGACAUCUCCAGCCCUUGCUAAGUAACCCCCCCCACAUUCCUUGUUUGUCAAGUUUAUCCUUGGUACCCUCAUUUUACAAAUUUGUUUUGACAUUUCAUUGCGUCUGGGUUCAAGUCUAGCUGGCUCAGAGACUAUAUUUUUAAUUCUAAAGAUUUGACUGUCAGGCAUACCUUGUUGGUGUUGAGCUGAAACUAGAAGGUUACGGUUCUGGUUUUUGUUACAUUUUUUCCCUGUGGCUUUAUUAUACAGGUUAGUUUGCUAGCUCCCAAAAUAAUGUAAAAACCAAAUAGCUACUUGAACACAAUCCCAAAUCCAUAUACACGUUUAAAUAACUGGAGUUUUUUUUUAGCAUCACUCCAAUUGCCAUUAAAAUGUAAGCUCAUUUUUAGUGAGUCCUACACUAAUAAUUUGCCUUGCUGCUUUUACCUAAAAGGUAAUUUUUCUAAAACCCUACAUACUUAUUAACCCUUAGCAAGGAAUACAUGGCAUACCUUGUAUGGUGUGUACGGUGGCUGCUACUAGAAAACUGUUUUUUCCCUAGAGGAUUUCUCAUACAAGUUGGUUUGUUUGCCUAGGUUCACAAAAUAAUGUAUCCAAAGAGUACAGUUUGUAAAUCCAUUUGCAGUGUGCAUAUAUAUAUAUAUAUAUAUAUAUAUAUAUAUACCACAUCUCUAUGUACUAUAUUUAAUGUUUUAAAAAUUUUUUUGCAUGCAGAUGUAGGUUUUUAAAAUCAAAAGGGUUGGAAUUGUACAUGUGUAUUCUGUAUUUAUCUAAACAGUAAUAAUGUUCCUUCAUUAUAGGCAUCAAAACAACUUUUUAGCUGAAUGAGGUGGUUUUGGUGUACAGAUCAUGCCUCUGCAGUUCAGUACUGCCAUUUACGAGUUAAAUCAAUUUGUUUAUACAGCCCUAGUAACACCUCUCUGCAUGUGACUUGCACCGUCUUCCUAAACACUUCCUGCAGAGAGACAUCUAAGGUUUAAACUUCCUUCAUUGCACAUUCUGUUUGAUUUACAAUGUAUCUCCUGCUCUGUUAAGUCUUCUAGAACCUGCAGGAGCCUACUGUUUGUGAUUUACAGAGCAGGAGAUAAAAGCAAAUAACAUCUGUAGGCUGUGAGUCACGGCUAAGGGAUUUGUGGCUAGGGCUGCAUAAACAGGAAUACAAGUGAUUUAACUCCUAAAUGGCAGAGAAUUGAGCAGUGAGAGUGCAUGGGGCACACCAAAACUGCUUCAGUAAGCAAGUGUUAUUUUGAUGCCUAUAGUGUCCCUUUACACAGGGGUAACCUUCUGAGAAAUCUGAUUCAUAUAAAAGCCUGUAUUGUUUUUUUACAGAAAAGUAAAAUAAUUUGUAAUUCUGUAAAUUAUUUUCAAAAGAAAAUGUUGGCACAGCACUUAUAAACUCCCACCCCUCCCUCAUUGCGUUACUGGUUUCGUCAUUUAGGAAAUGAGGUUAAUUCAAGGCAGGAGAGCACAAAUGCCCUAGGUGCAUUUUUAAACUCAAUAUGAAAACGUCAUGCAAGUCUAGUAAACAGAAGUAUUGCGACUAAGAAAGGAAUUUGUGUCUGAAAUAAAAUUUUCAUUUUUAAAGAGGAACGGUCAUUCCAGAGGUAAUAAUACAUUGUAAUAGUAAGUUAACUGGUUGUGUAUUUUUUAACUGUGUAUGAGUUGCACAGUUCUUUGGACAUUUUAUUGAAAUAAAUACUUUUUACUAAGUUUACUACAAACGUUUCACUUCCAUUUUGAAUUCACUAAAGCAUUUCUAUUAUUGAAAAUAUAUUUUAGAACAAAACCAGAGACUCACAAAAUAAAAGUGGACAGUUCCUCUUAAAGUGGGCAGUGCGCCAGUUACAGGACAUUAUUAAAUGGUUUGCAUGGCAGAGGCCAAAUACAGGGAUUUGACCUGCAUAAAAGUAGACAAAUGUGAGCCUGAAAUAGAAGGUGUUAGUAAGGACUUAAUGACAUGUACUGAUCUGUAUCUCUCUACAUUUAUUUUUCAUCUGGGCAUGCGUAAUAAAAAUAAACUAGAGAUGAACAAAUGUAGUUGCUGGGUGCAAGCUUAUCCUACAGCACUGCAAAUGUUACUUAACAAUUAUGUGAUUAUGUUGUAUCUUUGUAUGGAUGUGUGUAUAAAUCAUUUUUUAUAAUUAGAGAUUAUUCUAGCCUCGGUGAGGGAAUAAUCUAAAUUUUAUUAAAGACUGGAGGCUUCAUAUUUGCUUUACCUUUACUGAAAACCUCCAGCAGGAAAGAAAUAGUUAACAUAACUUUUUCAAACAACCAAUCAGAACAAAAAUAACAGCAGUAUGAAAUCCCUCCGUCAGACCUUUCCACUUCCUUUCUUUGAGGAGGCCGAGCAGGACAGCAAGGAAAACCAACGAAUCCAACUUGUAACAGGUACAUCUAGAGAAGAAAUUGCCAAAACCAGAUUACACUGCAAGGAAAAAGAAAAAGGGAAAGUAAACUGUCAAGGCAAGAGGUCAUAUCCAUACAAUAUUAUUUCCACAGUAUAAUACAUGCGGACUAAACGCAGAUGGACAACCAAAACCGUAUAUUAGGAAGAAAAAAAAAAAAAAUCUUUAUUACUGAACAUAAGACCAUACAUUGUAAAACAUAAUAUCCCUAAGUAGCAUAAGAGGAAAAUAAUUCCAGGGUGGGAAAUAUUCGCCUCCUAUCUUUAAUAAAAUGUAGAUUAUUCCCUCACUGAGGCUAGAAUGAUGCCUAAUUUUAUGACAAGACAGGAGGCUUCAUAUUUGCAAUUUUAACACCCGGACAUACAAACAGAAGAAACAUGAGAUCGUAGACGGAAAUAAAAAGUACGGAAAGUCAAUUCCCUAGACCAAACAGCGGCGCCGAGAAAUAGCUGUAAGGUACCCACUGGCUUCUAAAGUUGCUGAAGCUUCAGUGCCCCAAAAGAACUCGCCACACUAGCCGAUGAGAGAAACCACUGAGCAACCGUAGGUGCAGAAACAGCCCUUAACAGUUGUACGUAGGAAAUCAACAGCUUCCCAUGAGCAGAUGGGCAAAAGGACGAAGUCCUGCAUAUAUAUCCGUAGGUAACGUGCCACACAGAGACGUGGCCUAUCUGGAGAAUAGGGAUACGACCCAGAAGAGGAAUGAGAUCUCAUCCAUGUGUAAAAUCAGGAGCACUAACAUCAAAAAAGGUGACGAAAAGAUACAAGACAUAACAGGAGAGCCAGCUAGUGCAAAGACAAAUCCCUGUUAUCAGGCCACUCCUCAAGGAAUCGCAGAACAAGCGAUACAACCCAAAAUGAGGAAUAGCUAGAGGUAGGGGUCUCGAAAGGCGUACAGGAGUAGUCUGCAGACCGAGGAGUCCUACCAAUGCCAGAGUCUUGAGAAGGCACACGAGCCGUCAAACUAGCUGACCGAAAGACGUUAAUGGUCCUAUACAACUUACCCUGAGAAACCAAUUCAGCCAGGAAGUUCAGGACUGCCAUGAUAGGGCCGUAAAGGGAUCCAAACGUCUCUUCAGCUACCAGCUAUGCCAGGAUCGCCAAGCGUGCAGGUAUGAUCUUCUGGUGCCAGACGCCCAAACGUCCCGGAGUAACUCUCUAACCGUCGUCGAUAGGCCCAAACCAUCCCAGGAACCCCGGAAAUGGUCCAAGUCACUUAGCGGUAGGCGAUCCUCUAAUAUAAAUUGAUGUGGAUCCCUUCGCAUGACAACUCCAGCAAGAGAGGGAACCACGGUUGACUCCUUCAAAAGUAUUGUGACCAGGAGAAACAACACUCCUAGGAGUGUGGUCCGAUGCAAUGUCCAAAGUAUCAUGGAGAAAGUGGGAAACUCAUAUGCCCACGAGGGAGGCCAGUCUCGGAGAAACUCGUCCACUGCCUCCUUGAGGGGUCUGAAAGCCAACUGAAGCACAAACUCCGUCUAACGGUUCGCCUUGGAUGCGAACAGAUCCAAGUGAAGGGUGUCUCCGAAUGAGUCCAGUAGUUGAAACACAGAGGGUGAAGUUGCCAAUCGGUAACGUCUAUCCAGUGCCGGGAGAACCAGUCCGCUACUUGAUGUCCUGUUCCGGGAGAUAUUCUGCCACAAGUGACCUUCUUGUCCAGACCAUAUUGAAAGAGAUCCUUCGUGAGAUCCGACAGCAGUUUGAAGUGGGAAACCUCCCCACCGAUUUUAUGUAACGGACAGCCAGGACAUUGUCUAUGCGGAUAAGCAGCGAUUCUUCCCCUUGGUGAAGCUGCGACUGGCAACCGAUCCUGAAAUAAGUUCCAGACAGUAGAUGUGAAGAGCUCUCUCCUCCAGAGUCCUCCUGUCACCAUGCCUUUGCAAGUAGUGCCCCACUACAGCUGGCGUCUGAUUCCAGGCCAAAUUCUGUUUGAGGUCCGAAAAUCGCCUUGCCGGUCUAGGCCUCCAUAUGUUGCAGCCACCAAUGAAGUUGACAUGACUGUCGUAUGAGGUAGAUGACCUGAGAUAGCGAGCCUUCAGGUGUUGGAGUGCCCGAGAGUGCAGGGUCCUGGAAGAUGGCUUGAAUGGAGGAUGACAACAGGCCAAACGUCCGGGCCAGGUCCCUUAGUGUGACCCGUGUGUCGCGGAGUAGGCAUCUGAUAUCCUUCCUGAAGGUGGUCACCUUUGACAGCAGAAGACUGAGCACCGCCUGAACUGAAUCCACCACAAAACCCAGAAACUGGACCGACAGAGGGGACCAGUUCCGACUUUUUUUUUAAAAUUUCUUUUCACGUUGAGGGCGAAUCCCAGGCCCUGAAUCAGAUGGAUCGGGGCCGUGAGGUAGGCUUCCCUCAGAUCCAGUUAAAAGAACCAAUCGCUCUCGCAGAGCAGGUCUCUGAGGAGAUGGAUACCCUCCAUCUUGAAAAGUCUAUAGACAACAUAACUGGACGCAGCAGCAAAAAAAGAGGAAGUAGGAGGGAUUUCAUACUGCUGUUAUUUUGUUCUGAUUGGUUGUUUGAAAAAGUUCUGUUAACAGUUUCUUUGCUGCUGGAGGUUUUCAGUAAAGAAGGUAAAGCAAAUAUGAUGCCUCCUGUCUUGCCAUAAAAUUUACCACCUUAUUUUGCAGUAUUGUAUAAUGGCAUUAACCAUACUGUUGUUGCUCUUUGAAAAAAAUAAAUAUAUAUUUCUUUUUUAAACGACAAUGGCCCACUUAACCUCAAACCAAAAAGAUUGGCAUAUGAAGACCUAUAAAAUAUCAGAACUGUUUUUAUAAAUAUCAGGCAUUGUGCUGAGCAGGUUCAUAUAAUCUAUUAAUAUAUCGUAAUGACUCUAGGUCCACAUAAUAAAUUAUUAAUGUAUUAUGACAGCUGGUCUCUAUAAUAAUAUGCUAUUUGUGUAUACUAUAUUACUGGUCCAUACAUUAGCAGUGUACAGGCCAGUUUCUAGUUGCCCAGGAUGGCUAGCUGGGCCAUAUGAUAUUCUAUUAAUGUUUAGUAAUGGCAGAUGGUAAAUACAUUUGCAGUACAGGCGGGUUUCCAGUAGCCCAGGGUGGCUAGCUGGCUCUGUGUGUUCCAUGCACUAGCCGCACAGGCAGGUUUCCAGUAGCCCAGGCUGGCUCUGUGUGGUCCAUGCACUAGCAGUAGCCCGGGGUGGCUAGCUGGCUCUGUGUGUUCCAUGCAGUAGCCCAGGGUGGCUAGCUGGCUCUGUGUGCUCCAUGCACUAGCAGCACAGGCAGGUUUCUAGUAGCCCAGGGUGGCUAGGCUGGCUCUGUGUGGUCCAUGCACUAGCAGUAGCCCGGGGUGGCUAGCUGGCUGCGUGUGCUCCAUGCAGUAGCCCAGGGUGGCUAGCUGGCUCGGCUCUGUGCGCUCCAUGCAGUAGCCCAGGGUGGCUAGCUGGCUGUGUGUUCCAUGCAGUAGCCCGGGGUGGCUAGCUGGCUCUGUGCGUUCCAUGCAGUAGCCCAGGGUGGCUAGCUGGCUCUGUGCGUUCCAUGCAGUAGCCCAGGGUGGCUAGCUGGCUCUGUGCGUUCCAUGCAGUAGCCCAGGGUGGCUAGCUGGCUGUGUUCCAUGCAGUAGCCCAGGGUGGCUGGCUGGCUCUGUGUGUUCCAUGCAGUAGCCCAGGGUGGCUAGCUGGCUCUGUGUGUUCCAUGCAGUAGCCCAGGGUGGCUGGCUCUGUGUGUUCCAUGCAGUAGCCCAGGGUGGCUAGCUGGCUCUGUGUGCGCUCCAUGCAGUAGCCCAGGGUGGCUGGCUGGCUGUGUGUGCGCUCCAUGCAGUAGCCCAGGGUGGCUGGCUGGCUGUGUGUUCCAUGCAGUAGCCCAGGGUGGCUAGCUGGCUCCAUGCAGUAGCCCAGGGUGGCUAGCUGGCUCCCAUGCAGUAGCCCAGGGUGGCUAGCUGGCUCUGUGUGCGCUCCAUGCAGUAGCCCAGGGUGGCUGGCUGGCUGUGUGUUCCAUGCAGUAGCCCAGGGUGGCUAGCUGGCUCUGUGUUCCAUGCAGUAGCCCAGGGUGGCUGGCUGGCUCUGUGGCUGGCUCCAUGCAGUAGCCCAGGGUGGCUGGCUGGCUCUGUGUGUGCUCCAUGCAGUAGCCCAGGGUGGCUGGCUGGCUCUGUGUGUGUUCCAUGCAGUAGCCCAGGGUGGCUGGCUGGCUCUGUGUGUGUUCCAUGCAGUAGCCCAGGGUGGCUGGCUGGCUCUGUGUGUGUUCCAUGCAGUAGCCCAGGGUGGCUGCUGGCUCUGUGUGUGUUCCAUGCAGUAGCCCAGGGUGGCUAGCUGGCUGUGCUGUGCAGUAGCCCAGGGUGCUUCCAUGCAGUAGCCCAGGGUGGCUGGCUGGCUCUGUGUGUGUUCCAUGCAGUAGCCCAGGGUGGCUGGCUGGCUCUGUGUGUGUUCCAUGCAGUAGCCCAGGGUGGCUGGCUGGCUCUGUGUGUGUUCCAUGCAGUAGCCCAGGGUGGCUGGCUGGCUCUGUGUGUGCUCCAUGCAGUAGCCCAGGGUGGCUGGCUGGCUCUGUGUGUGUUCCAUGCAGUAGCCCAGGGUGGCUGGCUGGCUCUGUGUGUGUUCCAUGCAGUAGCCCAGGGUGGCUGGCUGGCUCUGUGUGUGUUCCAUGCAGUAGCCCAGGGUGGCUGGCUGGCUCUGUGUGUGUUCCAUGCAGUAGCCCAGGGUGGCUGGCUGGCUGGCUCUGUGUGUGUUCCAUGCAGUAGCCCAGGGUGGCUGGCUGGCUCUGUGUGUGAUGUAAAGGCAGCCGCAGCUCCCGCCCAGCCUAUGGAAUCCCUUCCGCCGUAAAUAUGCAGAGAAUCCCCGGGAACCCUCCUGCCCCCGUGCUGUAUCCGCCGGCCGGCCCCAUGACGCUCGGUGCUGCUAUUUGGAGCCGGGUCCCUCCCGCCGCCGGCUGCUAAGAAUAGCGCCCGGCCUAUUAAUAGAUCAAACAAUGCUGCCUGCGUCAUAGGAAAAGCCGUGCGUCACUGGGGACACAUUCCAAGCUCGCGCUGCCGGAAAGGCCACGCCCCCUCUGCCCUUCUAUGGAGAGUGGUCACCAUCACUAACGUGCGUCACACACCCCCCGUGCCGGGGCCGCGCCCCCUCGUGCGUCACAGAGGCUUUAAUAGAUUUGACAUGCAGGUCUGAGAGCACAGUGAGCCGUGAGAAGGGACAGUGCGAGCAGCCAGCCACAGCCAGUGCAGGGAGCGGCCAGCACUGCCAUCACACUGCACUACCCUGACCCCCUGCGGACAGCCCGCUCCGGGGACACACACCACUGACAGACCUGGUAUGUCGCGACAUGGCGAUAGUCCAUUCAUUCUGCACACACUCAGUGCAUGCCUAUUGUUCAGCUGCAGCCCAUUCCUUAAUGUAGCAGGCUGUCAUGGAGGCUGCCCGGAUUGCAGGAAUUAGUCUCAUUUUCUGGGGAUUCUCGAUGCAGAAUGAAAUCCAUUAGAAGGUGGCUUAUACUGUAUUGGGUUCUAGAAUGUUAAUUUGGAAGAAAGAACCUGAGGAUUCUGUUUAGAAUGUGCAUGCUGUAUGGGUUUGGUUUUGGCUGUGUUUUUUUUUUUUUGUUUUUUGUUUUUUUUUUAGAAUGUGUUGAUGACAUUUACAUCAGUAUUAUUUUAUUAUUAUUAUUUUUGCAUAUUAAUUGAUAUUUUUUUGUCUUAUCCCCAAUGCCAUCCAACUUUGCACAAUCUGUGAUGCUAUUGUAGCCGGUGUGCAGCAGAUAGGCUGCAAAUUCAUUGCUUGGGGCUGCCCCUGGCAACGUGAGCAGGUUUCUACAGCUAGGAGAGACAACCUGUCAUGUAGACUCCUUUCAUGCUGGCAUUGUACACUGUAAAAUCUGUUUUUGAAUCUAUAAAUACACAAAUAAUCUAAAGUUUAAAUGUAUACAUUAAUAUUAUUUUAUUUUUGGGGAAUUAUAUUGCACAUGGUGUUGUAGAUGCUUGUUCACACAGAAUUCCCAGAUGUGUUCUAAUAUAUUCUGCAAUAAUGGAGCAAAUAUCCAUUGUAAGAAGUGAAUUUGAUACUUAACAAGCUAGUCUGAAGAAGUCUUUUGUGCCUUGUUCAAUGUACACCUGCAGAUAGCUGCCAGUUCCCUAACAGACACCACUAGUGUCUGCAAAAUAGAUCUUAGCUUUCAUCCUGCUUGCAGCUGUGUGCUGGUUGGGUUGUAUAACUUUAUUCUCCGCUUGCAAUACUGUUCUAUAAUGCAUAUUGCGGUUGGGGGUACAGAUUUCAAAUAAUUAUGAAAGCAUAUCUUUAAAAUUGUCGUGUGUUGGCACUCUUGUAUUUGAUUGCUGCAUGAUGUUUGUCCAUGCAAAACCAACUUAAUUACUUUGAUUAACUUUUCUUAUACGUUGAUAUAGGUUCUUUUUUUCGUUGGAUAGCCUGUGUAGCCACACAAAGCCUUGGCUUUUCUAUACACCGUGAUUCACGCCAAGAGCAGCUAUGAGAUAAUGAUCCAUUUUAAAUGGCAAACGUGUGUAUUAUAGGACAACCCAACCUAUCUGGAACAAAUCUUCUGCAGUGCUUUUGUGUCCCUGUGGCAAAGUGCUUUCUUGGCUCUGUACAGCCUCCUAUCUCUUGCUACUAGUUGCAUUUCCUCUAGGGAAGCGUCUAACCCAUAAGCCUUAUAAAACAGUUGUAUUGUGUUGGAUUAAAAUGGUCUUUGUCAGCUGUUGAAUUCCCAAAGUGCAUGUUUUUAUACAGUGCAAUCCUCUAUUGAGUAGUCUUAAUGAGUUUAUAGCAUACAAAUACAAAAAAAUCAAGUAUCUUGUAAACGCCCAUCAAUGUUCCUUAUUUUUACAAAGUAUGCAUGUACAGUGAAGUUUGAUACGGACUUGUGUUUGGAAUUGUCAUUAUUACUUAGUUAGCACGACAAUGUAACAGAUGAGCAAGUGAGGACCCCCAUGGAAACUUAUUUCCAUAUAUGUGUGUGUGUGUGUAUAUAUAUUUAUUUAAAAAAUUAGUUUUUUUUCAAAAUUAUUUGUGUCACAUAAAUUAUUUGAAUUGCCACUAGUCUUUUAAAGUCUUUCUGCAAGAGCCAUGAUCUCUGACGUCCACUUGGCCUAGCUUUGUGGAAUGCUCCUUCCUACUUUGCUUGAUUUUAAUAAAUACACUGAGGUACAAAAAGUUUCCUGUAUGUGCUUUUAAAACCAAUGCAAUGUGCUGUCGUUGGCUCCUUAACUUCUAAGCAAGAUCGAAUUUCUUUAUGCAAAAGUUACAUUACAUUGGUAACAGGACAGUUUCAUCCAUUGCAAACAACUGAACAAAUCCGUUGUUUGCUUUGCUCACUUCUAAGGUUUUAAAUUGCGUUGGGAUUGAAAAAUUUACUUUAAUUUUUUUUUAAAACAAUUCCUAUUGCAUUUAACAUACAUUUGAUUAUUGUAGUUUUAAAAUGGCUGCUCUUAUCUUAAUGUUGAGCUUAAGGCCAGUGGGAUCAGCCAAUUGAAAGGGUUAGAUAUGUUUUGUUAAUGCUUUAUUAUUUGACCAAAAUAUGUAAUUUUUUUUAAAAAAAUCUUUUCAAUGGAGAGGUGUAUUACAGCAAACCUCACAUUUGCAGGUUCUUAUUGAAAACUUGAGACAGUCUGGCUCAAACUCAAUAGCUCUUAGUGGUGACAAGUAAAUUUAUGUCACUACGCCAAAGAAAGAACUGGACGGUGCUUUGCAAUGUCAAAGUAGCCUUGUAGGACUAUUUGGCUAGAGCCUGUUGCUUCAUAAAUAGAUCUGGCGCCUCCCAGUCGUUUUCACUUUGCCCACUGCCCAUGGAGUUUCCUUGUUUCUGUGGCAUGGAUUUUUCCGAGGGUGUGUGUGUAUAUACAGCAGAUAUCUCUAUUCACUUUUCAGCCACUAACACGUACUGUAAAAUUUGUCCGGUUUGUUUCCUGUGCCUAUUACUGCUAUCCUGCAAAUUGAAAGAACACAUUUAAAAGGUGGUUUCUUUAUGUAUUAUAAAAGCUUAGUCUUUGGAAGCAAAGUUAAUUUAUCCUUGUUAUGUUUCCCUCUAUCUAGAAAUGCCCUGUAUUCAAGCUCAGCAUGGAAGUCUGUCUCAGUGUGCAGGUCCCUGUGAUAGCUACAUACCAGACCUCUUGA